GCAAUUCCACCUCAGCCCAAGGAUACUACUAUGAUAGUAACAGAAUACUAAAUCUUACGAAAGGAGGAAAGGGGGAAAACACCGAGACAUCCGUUGAUGAAAGAAUCUAUCCUCUCUUUCAUUCUCUCGAUUUUCCAGCUGAAAAUGAUCGAACGAGGACACAUUUAUUUUGAGCUCGAAAAUAUCUAUACAGUGGUGAGCAUGAAUUUGGAUAAUGCACUGAGACAUUAUAUCCAUUUCCCGGCUGUGACUGCUCUUCAAUCAUGUUGUGUCCAAAAGUAUUUGGACAGGCAGCAUAUUUGCUUACGUUUCAACCUUUCAUUAGGAUUCCCUGUUAUCGGAACAUGCAUGUCUGUACAUGUCACUCUUGCGAUUAUAUUAGUCCUUUCCUUUCCGAAAGUUGCCUCUAAAACAAACUGUUUUCAACACAAACAUUGAAGAAUAAGUCCCUCUCCACCCCCUACCAAAUUGUUUUUUUGAUGAACCCUGAAUGCUUCCGUCUUACCUAUAACUCUUAGGCUCUUCUGGUGUAUGGACAUUCCUGCAGACGUGGAUUAGCUUAAAUGGAUGAUACAUAGUGUCAACUUGAUUGAAGCACAAACAAUCACUGUCAAGCACAAUCAUCAGGGGGGAGCAUUUUUCUUAUCCAAACAAAUAUCUUGAAAACUUUAUUUUCAAAAUUUCUUACAGUUGAAUAUAUGAUUUAUUUCCCUUUCUGGAUAAAAAAUCGAAUCCCACUGCCUUUUCCAGUUGCACCCAUAAAUAAGGGGUGAUGAAACCUCAAAGUUCACCAUAGAAAAGCCGUUGAGCUCAAAUUUACAAAGCACUAAAGACCUCUCUCUUCUGUGCAUUAAUUUCAUAAGUUCAUUUUUCCAAAUGGAUAGGAUUAGAGAUUUGGCAUCAAAGAAGGCAGCAGUGAUCUUCACAAAGAGCUCAUGUUGCAUGUGCCAUAGCAUCAAGCAACUGUUUUAUGAACUUGGUGCUAGUCCAGCCAUUCAUGAGCUUGAUGAAGAACCAAGUGGGACAGAAAUGGAGAAGGCGUUGCAAAAGCUCGGCUGCAGCCCUUCUGUCCCAGUUGUUUUCAUCGGGGGAAGAUAUGUUGGCUCGUCAAAAGACAUCAUUUCUCUUCACCUUGAUGGGUCCCUUAAGCAAAUGCUCAUUGAUGCUGGAGCUAUCUGGUUCUAGCAGUAGGUUAUAUUAUGAUAUAGUUAUCCUAAUUAAGCUCUUGGGAUCAUCUAAUAACUAAAAUUGGAAUUGAGAGCCCCUUUUUCCCCUUUUUUGGCACUAGUUUCAAGCGAAUAGGUUGUAUAAGAGGCCAGACUAUAUGUGGGCAUUGGGCAUGGCCAAUCAAGUGUCUCAAAUUCUCCCAGAAAUUUAUUUUCUUAUGUAUGUUGGAGAUUUAAAAGAAAAAAAAAAUGUGAAGUUUCUGACUA